CGGAGUUACAUUCGUCUUUGGGGAUAUAUUAGUCCACAAAAUCACUCUACAAUCUCGUGAACCAGUGCAGAGUUUUGUACCAUCUUUAGAGAAACUUAGGCUCUCGACUACCCCAUUGUACGUGUUGAGAUUGUGCAGUAAUUCUCCAGUUACGUGGUUCCAUAUCUUGACAGUUUUGUCGCUAGACCCCGACGCUACUAGGUCUGAAGAGCACGGCAUGAAACUGCAGCACCAAACAGUGUCUGAAUGCUGCGUGAAUGUGAAAAUGCUCUCUUGCUUUUCCAAGUGCCAGACACGCACUGUCAUAUCUGACGAGCCUGAGCAUAACAGGCGAGAAUCUUACAGUACCUUCAGUCUCCAUGGAUCUCUGAUAUCACCUCAGGCCAUGUUACCAAGGUAACGUUGUUUACUUCGAGCGGCACUAAAUAGAACAAAACGACUUCGCCAAAACGAUCGAUCAUGGACGGAGGAGUUAUUCACCGGCAAGCGAUCGACCGAGGACUGGACAUUCAUCCGAGUCGCAAAGCCAUAGUCGUGCACUAUGCCCUGGAGGCGGUGGCGACCAACGAGUUCGGAGAGCCCGUGGUAGCUGACAGCAAGGAUUGCGCCAAAAUUAUCAACAUAAAGGGCCUGAGUCGCACGACUAACGUUCCUAACCUGGCCAAGCACAUCGUUGAGAGCUGCAACCUCAUAGACCCAGCCAAACUCCCUGUGGUAGAACAGCUGCUACUCUACCUGCAAGCCCGCAGGAGUACCAAAGAAGGAGAGGCCGAGAAGGAUGUGCUCGAAGCCUCAACAAAGAAACUUCAGAAGCAAAUAGAAGAUCGUGAAAACUCUGAGGAAGCAAGUAUGGUUGAGCUGGAUGUCUACGUGGAGGGACUCUACGAUGACCUUCAUGCCAAGACCAAGUCCACGGAGCUCAUACUGCAGCUAGCAAGACUCCCUGAGAACCUGAUUGAACUAGCAAACAACAAUUCUCUGCUUUUGGCACUGAGUCGUGUUCUGAGAGACGACUGGAAGAAGAGCAUUGACCUGACAACAAACAUAAUGUUCUUCUUCUUUUGCUUCUCAACCUUCUCUGACUUCCACCGACUGCUCACCCAGCACAAGAUUGGGUCACUGUGUAUGACAGUGGUGGAGCAUGAGCUAAAGAGGCACCGUGCACUACAAGAUGAUGUCUCAAAGAAAAAGAAAGAAGUGAAGGUGGCAGAUGGGACCACUACAGCUAAGAGAGAGUACGAGAAAGCCAAGAAAAAGUACCACUCACUGCUAAAGAAACAGGACACUCUCCUCAGAGUUUGUCUGUACCUGCUGUGCAACCUCGCGGAGGACACGCGAGUCGAGCUCAAGAUGCACGGCAAGGGACUAGUGAAACACCUGCUGGCUCUGCUGGAGAGGGAAAACACAGAGUUGCUCAUUCUCGCCGUCUCUUUCCUCAAAAAGAUGAGCAUCUUCAGGGAGAACAAGGACCAGAUGGCAGAGGGAAACAUUGUCAAGAAACUUGUCAGAAUUUUUCCAAACAAAAAUGAGGUAACUAAUCCUCCCGAUUUAUUUUUUUGAGUGAUUCUCUUACGUGCACAGGUUUUGUUAAACAUGACACUGAGGCUACUGCUUAAUCUGUCAUUUGAUCCUGCCCUUCGCCUAGAGAUAGUGAGAGGGGCAUUGCUACCUGAACUGACUGCUCUUUUAGAUAAAGAGAGUCAUGUGAAAGUGGUGCUGUCUAUUCUCUAUCACAUCAGCUUUGACAGCAAAUAUCGUGCAGUAUUUGCCUACACCGACUGUAUACCAAAGCUCAUGAAAAUGAUUGUGAAUGUCCGGAAAAUCGACUUGAACCAGAAAUAGCUGCACUAGGUAUCAACCUGGCAUCGACACAGUUUGGGGCCCAGGAGAUGUGCAAGGGCCCCGGCCUCAAGAUGUUGAUGAGACGAGCUCUAAACACAGGGGACCCUCUGCUACUCAAGAUGCUCAGGAACAUCUCUUUGCACAGUGGGGCUAUAAAGAAGCCUUUUCUGGGAUAUAUUCCUGAUCUCGUGGAGAUGAUGAAGAGAGGGACGGGGGAGGAAGAGGAGGGAGCUGUGGAGGCUGCAGGGAUUCUCGGCAACCUCAACAUUCCAGAUCUCGACUUUGGAAAGAUUGUUCAUGACAUGCAACUGUUACCCUUUCUGACUGGGAAAUUGAAGGAUUUGAGUCUCAAUGAUGAUAUGCUACUGGAGCUAGUGGUUCUGUGCGGGACAUUCAGCCAAGAUGAGUCCUGUGCAGUACUUCUUGUCGAUGCUGGACUCCCUCAGCUCCUUAUAACAUGCCUCAAAGAGAGACAGGAGGAGGAUGAGCUGGUCCUGCAAAUAGUCUACGUGUUCUACUACCUUGUACUGCACCAGGCAACCAGGCAAACGGUGCUGUCCACUUCUCAGGCUCCAGAAUAUCUGCUUGAACUGAUGAGUGACAAAAACAAGGCCGUCAGCGACCUUUGCAUCAAGACACUGGACAUUAUUGCUGAGGAGGAUAGUGAGUUGGGGCAGAGGGUCAAGACCAACCGGUUUCGCUGGCACAACUGCAACUGGCUAGAGAUUGUGACCGGUGAGUCACUCUAUGAGGAGGAAGACGAAGAAGAAGAAGAAGACGAGGAUUAUCUCGAUCUCUUGCGUUCGGCCGCCGAGUUAGACGAACCUGACUAUUUCUACAGUUCUCCUGAUGGCGCUCCAGUCACUGUACCAGUGGGAGAAAUGGACAAUUUUGAACGAGACAGAUUCCUUCUUCAGCACUACGGUGUUCCUCCACCCACAGUUGCACAUUCGCCUGCAGGAUAUGGAGACUCACUUGUUGAAAACAGCCCUCACUACUAUGGAGCACAGCUUGGAGCAAAUCAUGCAGUGGUGUCCUCGAGCCCUUAUCCACCUCGACCGAUGUCAAGGGCAGACAACCCGCUAGCCUCCCCCGGGAUGCUAUUUGACAGAGAAUAUGACAACGAAGUUGAGCCGACAUCCAUCUCUGCCAGACAGCUAAUGUCCAGUCUGGAAGACCCUCUAGCCAUGUAUAAUGCCAGCUUCAAGACUGAUCUGGAUAUGAACCAGAGUGUGGACAAUGACGACUCGGUGGACGAUGUAGGGUAUUCAACGGGACAUCCCGGCACAAACUACUCUACAGUAUUGGAAGGUGGAAUGGGGCAAACCCAACAAAGAGGGAGUAGUAACAGAGUAGGCUUUUGAAAGUGAUCACGUAUUUUUCCUGCUACGUGCCUCGCGGUGCGCAUGCGUAAAAUG